AUGGUCUUGGCGUGCCGGUGGGCGGGCUGCCGCGGUGUGCUGCUGCAGAAGAAACAGACGGCGGCAAGCUAUAUGGCAAGCGCGGGAAAGGUGGGGAGCGAUGAGAAGUGGGCGCAGGCCGCGAUGGAGUACCUCCACGAGAAGCGUCACUGCAACGACAGCAGGAAGCGUCAGCACGAUGUCGAUGGCGAGCGCCGCACCGCGUUUGCUUUUGACCGCUACUGUGCUGUAAACGAGCGGGCCUUCGCCGCACGUCUGUCGCGCCUCGCCGCCCGCAUGACGGAGGCGCUCGACGCGAUGACGGCGCUCGGUAUGACACACGCAUGCGAGGAGGCGCUUCUGAUUUCGUCAGAGCAGCCGCCGUGUAGCUACCGCCGUCCCUCGCUGACGCCGCCAGUGCCGGCGUACGAGCCCGGCUACGGCCUUGACGUGCCGCAGCUGCGCUCGCAGCAGGCGGAGUACCCGCCGACGGUGCGCCCAAGCGACGCGUUGGAGUUCGGCGCCGACGCGGACGCGAUGUUCCCGUUUGUGGAGGCGUACCGCGUGGAGGACCUCACUGCACAGUGCACGCGGGAGCUGGAGGAGCGCCAUGGCGAGAUACGCGAGGCCGCACCGCUGACGGGCGUGGAGGGCGAGGCGUGGGAGGCGUACGUCGCGCUACAGAAGAAGGCGCUUGCACGGCAGCAGCUCAUCUUCGACCUUUUCAACGACGCCGAGCUGCGGGAGCGCUACGACGCGGAUGCAAGCUUCAGGGAACAGCAGUGGGUGCAACGUGGCAUGCUGCCAUUGGAGGUGGAGGAAGAGCGACUGCGUGAGACUGAGCGGCACUACGCACAGGAACCAGCAUACCACGCAUUUAGAAGAAUAUAA